AUGAGUCAAAAAGUGAGAGAUUUGGCGAAAAAAAUCGACGAUAUUCUCAAUUUGGAUUCAAAAUUGAAAAGAGAUAGAGAAAUUCCAACGUUGACCAAAUUUUAUAAUCAUUUGGAAAAUGAUGGAGAUCUUGUCCCAAAGGGAUUGGCUGAAUUGACAGUUGGGAUUAUGAAAUUAGCUAAAAGGGAAAUCGAAGAAGUGGAUAAGAAAUGGAAGAAGACGGAGCACGAUGACAUCCCAAAGUCCGCCUCCAAAUACAAGACUGAUCCCUUCAAAACUCCGGUUUUCGAAAUCUCAACCCGCCAUUUAAAAAUGUGUUGUCGCCAGCCAAUCGAUCAUAAUACCGUACCAUGGAUCCCCUAUUGCUUAUCCAUUCUCUCCUACGACUUCAUUUUAUCAGCUGAUGGUCUAGAAGGUGACGUCUCCAACGUAUUGCACAUCUGUGCGAUGGCAUCUCGAAUUCAGUGGGCCGACCAUUCGCAUCUUCAGAAGUUAUGGGAUUUCAUUUGGCGUCGAAUCGAAACGGCGGAUUUAAAGGAGCAGGCGCUUCGAAGCUAUUGCGAGGUGGCGGUGGAAAUGAUGAAAAAUGUGGAUUACGAGAUCUAUGAGACAUCGAGCCAUCAACUGGUUCGGAGGGCGAUCAGAGCGCUGAAAAUGGGAAAUCAUGGAAUUAGCCAAGCAGCGUGA